AUGGGUUUAUCCCUUGUGGAAGAUAAUGCUAAAGUCUUAAUUGGUGAUGGUCGAAAUACUUCUCUUUACUAUGACGUAUGGGUGGGUGAUGAGUCCAUAGCUGAAAUUCUUGAAGACUUUUCCUUGGAUCGUACACUGCCGUUAAAUGGUGGUGAUUGUAUGGUGUGGAAGCCCAGCUAUUCUGGCAAGUCUAUUGUCAGUUCUGCUAAGAACUUGAUCCGUAAGAAGUAUGCCAAGCUGGAGGGAACAAACUUGUUAUGGAGAAAGGCCAUUCAUCCUGCCUUAGCUGCGAGAAACUGGAAAAUCCUUACGGGCGCUUGUGCUACUCUGGAUAAAGUCCAAAGCCGGUUUAAAAUUCAGAUUGCAAACAAGUGUUGUUUGUGUAAUUCUGAAGAGGAGACGCUGGACCACCUGUUGUGGCAUUGUUUUUUUGCUGAGAAAGCUUGGAAAUGGAUUGCAGACAUUUUUGGUGUCCAUUCGCAUUUGCAGCUGACAACAGUAUACAAGGCAGCAAGGGGGAGAAGUGGGGUGUUCAAGGAGCUGUGGUUGUUGACAAAUUUGGUGGUGCGAUCGGAGCUGUGGCAGACUAGGAACAGAUUUGUUUAUGAGAAUAAAAAACUUUGCUGGAUUUUCUUUCAAAAAAGUGUGUUUAACCAAGUACAUGAUUACUCAAGACGACUUAAGGGUUUCAUGCACUAUUCUGUGGAGGAUCUCAAAUUUAUGGAAUUCUUUAAACUGGCGCAUAGACUGGUUCAGUUUCAUGAACCUGUUGAGUGUAAGUGGACUGUACCGGAGAUGGACGAAUUGCUGCUGUGCUGUGACGGUGCUGCUCAUGGGAAUCCGUGA